AUGUUGAUGACUAUAGAUAGGAUUCUUGACGCUGAUUUCACAAUCAACGAGGUCUAUAAGUUGCACCUUUAUAAACAGGAUGAGACAUCGGAUUCCAACGGUAUUGACGAUGGCAUUUUGAUUUGUUUAGAUGGAUCAUUUUUAGAAGGUGAAGAAAUAGUCGGCAUUAAGUUAAAGCCAGCUGCACUCAACCCACCGAACUGCAGCACAUUCGAUAUCAUGAGGAUAAUGUUUGAGAACUUGAGAAUAGACACGGAUGACAUUGCAAAUGCGGAUCCAUUGCUGUAG